AUGAGCUUACUGCUGCUCGUAACUCUCAGGAGAUUUGACCAUGAGCACUACCUGUGCUGUCUGUUGCUGCCUCAAGGCUCCAGAGCUUCUAGCAUCGCACUCAGAGCUCUCAAUGUUGAACUGGCCCAGGUAAGCCACUAUCUACUAUGUAAGAUGUACAUAGAUUUCUGCCAGUCUAGUACCAACAACUCUCGUGUGUGCCCAAACAUAUCCAAUCUACCGAGUCAGCAUUUUGGUACUGCGGGUAGCUCAGUAGCCAAUCAGAUUGCUAGAAUGGAAUACAGAUGUCCCUCGUUUGGACGGAUCCAUUGUAAGGUGAAGGAUGUGGUGUCAGAUAAGAGGAUUGGUGAAAUGAGAAUCCAGUUCUGGAGAGAUACCAUAGACCUUGCCUUCAAGGGUACUCCUCCACAGCAUCCUGUGGCCAAAGAGCUCUCUCUGGCCAUCCACAGACACCAACUAUCAAAGCACUGGCUGACAAGGCUACUGGAUGCCAGAGAGAGGGAACUGGGAGUGAGUACACACCUGACCACCAGUGACCUGGAACAUCAUGCCGAGUGGACCUCCUCAUCUCUGCUCUACCUCACCCUCCAGACACUCGGUGUUCAGGAUGUGAGCAGUGACCAUGCAGCCAGUCAUGUUGGUAAGGCAGAGACCAUCACUACUCUACUCAGAGCUGUGCCCUAUCACCUCUCCAGAAGAACUGUCCACAUCCCAAUGGACAUCAUUUCUAGACAUGGAGCAUCUCAAGAAGACUUCCUUCGUGGUGAGGCUACUCAGGCAGUGAAAGAUGCAACAUUUGAUCUGGCCAGUCUUGCCAACACUCAUCUUCAGAGGUCUCGUUCAAUGAAGACUCAACUACCCAAGACAUCUCUCAGAGCUCUUCUACCUGCGACAACAUGUGAUGGUUUUCUUAGACGACUUCAAGAUGCAGAUUUUAACCCCUUCCAUCCACCUCUGGCCAGCAAAGACCCAAUGCUGUCAUGUGUACUCUUCAACCCAGACAAUGUCCUGGAGACAGUGAAGGGAGUGGAGGACUGGUGGAGUGAGGGGGACUACCAUUGUCUAGGAGGAGGACUGGGCUACUGGUUGGCAGUGUCAGAGCAAAAGAGGCGAGAGAUCCAGCAGCAGUAUGGCGAUCCUGAUGAGCAGAAGAUGAAGCUGAUAGAGUGCACGUCUUUGCCUCAUGGCAGUGGCUGAGUCGUGCAGUGGGGCGUGUGGGGCAGACACAGCUAGCCCCUCUCAUCUCCUCCUAUGAUCAACCCACCACUGGCACCCACAACGGAGAGUUAUAAAGGCGUGUAUUCUGACACUGAUGAAUCAGACAUUGUAAGUUAAUUAAGAGUUCAUCAAAGAUUUUUUUGCAGGAAGUCGAGGACUAUCAUGGAGGAGAAGUCAAACUCUAUGGAUGCAAGGGGGAUUACUUCGGCACCUACCGUGCCGAAAGUCUUCGCCAUAUUUCAGCUUUAGGGAUGCAGUAUCCCUCUGCAAAGACCCAGGUUCCGAAAGCCGACUUUGUCAACCGAGACACCAUCAAUGCCCUCGUGCCGCAUAGACACAUCAAACAAAACUCACGAUAUCAGAAUGGCCUUGCGGGAUGGGAUGCGGCUUCGGCGGAUUGUGCCACAAUUGGAGACAUCAAGAAAUUGCUUUGUAUGCAAGUAUGCUGUGGUCGGUCAAGAAUCUUAUGUGAAGUCGCCAUGUUGUGAUCGGACACUCCAUCAUUCAUGCGUUGCUGGUGUAAGUGUGUGCCCUUACUGCAAUGAGGCAUGGGGAGGGCUACCCCUGUGCAGUGUGUGGGCAGCCAACUGUGAGUUCUACCAACCGUGAGGUGUUUCACUCACAUUUGAGGAGGAAAAAAGGACGACUAGAGUGUUGUGGGUUGGAUGUCCACCCCAAGUGCAGAGCAAGAGCACGAGGAUGCCCACAGUGUGGAGGGGGGAAGCUUCCCAUAAAGAAGGACUACGUAGACUUUGUUAGAGAAAGAAGAGAACAGAGAAGAAACGAACAGAAAAGGCGAAUGUGGGGGAAACACACCUAAUUACUUACGUACAUGGACUCUCCAUGUUAUGGUGUAUUCGGCAUUGUACUCUAUGGCACUGAUUUCCGUGGACUAUCCACAGUUUCUAAUGCCACAUUUUUUCUCUUAUGCCCACGUUUUUUGUCACUCUGCCACAUUUUUACGUA